UUUGGCACCACCCAAAUAUUGCCACGUCAUGAAAUCCACACAUGUUGAUUGGUCCACAGUCCACUUAGCGUGCCUUCUUUCAACUUCCACACCCGCUCCGGCUUCCCUUACAGAGAAUCUGAGCUGUCACUUUAUAAUACCUAAGGGAAAUGUUAAAACAAAUCCUAUAUUUCCCAAGGGAAACAAAAAACUGGAAAGUGUUUCCUCGCCGGUUCUUGUGUUCGAUAAAAAAAACCCAAUCACUGAUUGAAUCCUCCGAUUAUCAUGUCAAAUCCGGAAGACACUGCACCGAAGCAAGAAAACGGGGCCGUGGCGGCGGCGACUGCCCCUCCUGCCGCCGACGUGGAAAGCCAAACAACGGCGGCGACGGGUUUUGGGGUGUCGGAGAUCGUUAGCCGGUGGCGGAGGGAGGAUCUGUUAAGACGCCGCGCCUUGGCGCUGAGAGGAUGUGGUCUGAUACUUUCCUUGCUUGCGUUCGUCGUCAUGGCUUGCAAUAAACAUGGCGAUUGGAAAGAUUUCGACAAGUACGAAGAAUUCAGGUACCUGCUGGCAAUAGCAAUUCUGUCUACUUUAUAUACGGGCGUCCAAGUUUCGCGACAAGUUCGUGAACUUUCAACAGGGACAUCUAUGUUUCCACUCCGCAAAUCUGCCAUAAUCGACUUUAUUGGAGAUCAGAUUCUGGCUUACCUGCUAAUGUCGGCUGCAUCUUCGGCAAUUCCGAUGACAAACAGAAUGAGAGAAGGGUCAGACAACAUUUUUACAGAUUCCUUGGUAGCCUCCAUUUGCAUGUCCUUUUUCGCCUUCUUCUCCUUAGCCUUUUCUGCCGCCAUUUCAGGAUACAAACUCUCGACUCAAUCUUACAUAUGACCAUUCUUUGUUCUUACCAACGAGUUCUGUUUGUUCCUCCUGCAUAGUUAUUGCUUCAUUUCUCCAUUAUUUGUACACUUCCAUUUGUAAUUUUGAUUUGAGUCAUUAUUGCAAUGUGUAUAAUAUUGAGAGUCAAACACCAGUGACAUUUCGAUACAAAAAUCGACAAAUUUUUUAGAGUUAA